GCGCGGGGGGGGGCGGGGCGGGUGACGGCGCAGCGCGCGCCGAGGGGCGGGCAGAGGCGCUGGGCUCCGGCGGCUCCUCGGGCGAUGGCGGAGCUGCGCGCGGCGGCCCCGGGCCCCGGCGCGGCGGCGGCGGCGCUGCCCGGCCCCAUGGCGCUGCCGGCGGCGGCGGGGGGAGGCCCCGGACCGGGCAUGUCCACCGCGCUGCCUUCGCCGGCCGCCGCCGGCGGGGCGGGCCCGGGCGGGGUGACGGCGGCUCCCGGAGCGGGCUCCGCUUCCGGGGCGGGCGGCUCCGCUUCCGGGUCGGCGCGCGAGGGCUGGCUCUUCAAGUGGACUAACUACAUCAAGGGCUACCAGCGCCGCUGGUUCGUCCUCAGCAAUGGGCUGCUCAGCUACUACCGGUCCAAAGCGGAGAUGCGGCACACUUGCCGCGGCACCAUCAACCUGGCCACGGCCAACAUCACCGUGGAGGACUCCUGCAACUUCAUCAUCUCCAACGGCGGCGCCCAGACUUACCACCUCAAGGCCAGCUCGGAAGUGGAGCGGCAGCGCUGGGUCACUGCCCUGGAGCUGGCCAAGGCCAAAGCUGUCAAGAUGCUGGAAGAGUCAGAUGACUCUGGCGAUGAGUCCGUAUCACAGACGGACAAGACGGAGCUGCAGAGCACGCUGCGCACCCUGUCCAGCAAGGUGGAGGAUCUGAGCACCUGCAAUGACCUCAUUGCCAAGCACGGCACGGCCUUGCAGCGUUCCCUCAGUGAGCUGGAGACCCUCCGGCUGCCAGCCGAGAGCACUGAGAAGAUCAAGCAGGUGAACGAGCGAGCCACCCUCUUCCGUAUCACCUCCAACGCCAUGAUCAACGCCUGCCGGGAUUUUCUGGUGCUGGCGCAGACCCACAGCAAGAAGUGGCAGAAGUCACUGCAGCACGAACGGGACCAGCGCAUCCGCCUGGAGGAGACGCUAGAGCAGCUUGCCAAGCAGCACAACCACCUGGAGAGGGCUUUCCGCGGCGCCACUGUCCUGCCCGCCAAUGCACCUGGCACCGGGGGCUCAGCCAAAGAUCCGUGCUGCCCUGCAAAAGGAGACGUGAGCGAUGAGGAUGAUGACAACGAGUUCUUUGAUGCCCCGGAGAUCAUCACCAUGCCAGAGAGCAUGGGUCACAAACGCACUGGCAGCAACAUCAGCGGAACCAGCAGUGACAUCAGCCUGGAUGAGCAGUACAAGCACCAGCUAGAGGACACCAAGAAGGAGAAGAGAACCCGCAUCCCCUAUAAACCCAACUACAGCCUCAAUCUCUGGAGCAUCAUGAAAAACUGCAUCGGGAAGGAGCUAUCCAAGAUCCCCAUGCCGGUGAACUUCAACGAGCCCCUGUCCAUGCUGCAGCGCCUCACGGAGGACCUGGAGUACUACGAGCUGCUUGACCGAGCAGCCAAGUGCGAGAGCUCUCUGGAACAGCUGUGCUAUGUGGCCGCCUUCACCGUCUCGUCCUACUCCACCACCGUCUUCCGCACCAGCAAGCCCUUCAACCCACUCCUGGGGGAGACCUUCGAGCUGGACCGCCUGGAGGAGAAUGGCUACCGCUCCCUCUGCGAACAGGUAUGUCACCAUCCACCAGCGGCUGCCCACCAUGUCGACUCCAAGCACGGCUGGACGCUUCGCCAGGAGAUCAAAAUCACCAGCAAGUUUCGGGGCAAAUACCUCUCCAUCAUGCCUCUGGGUACCAUCCACUGCGUCUUCCACUCUUCUGGCAACCACUACACGUGGAAAAAGGUCACCACCACCGUGCACAACAUCAUUGUGGGCAAGCUCUGGAUAGACCAGUCAGGUGAAAUUGAGAUUGUCAAUCAUAAGACGGGUGACAAGUGCAUCCUCAAGUUCGUUCCUUACAGCUACUUCUCUCGGGACGUGGCAAGGAAGGUCACCGGGGAGGUGACAGACCCCACCGGGAAGGUGCAUUUUGUCCUGCUGGGCACCUGGGAUGAGAAGAUGGACUGCUACAAGGUGAUACCAGCUGUGGGGGACAACGGCGCAGAGGGACGUCAAAGGGCCCACGAGGCUGAGGACAGCCGGGUGCUGCUGUGGAAAAGGAACCCCCUCCCGAAGUAUGCAGAAAACAUGUAUUACUUCUCGGAGCUGGCGCUGACGCUCAACGCUCCAGAGAGCGGCACGGCGCCCACAGACAGCCGCCGGCGCCCCGACCAGCGCCUCAUGGAGAACGGGCGCUGGGACGAGGCCAAUGCUGAGAAGCAGCGCCUGGAGGAAAAGCAGCGCAUCUCCCGCAAGAGGCGUGAGGCUGAGGCUGCAAGGGCCACAGAGGAUGGCACCCCCUAUGACCCCUACAAGCCGCUGUGGUUCGAGCGCAAGAAGGACCCCAUCACCCAGGAGCUGACGCACGUCUACAAGGGCGGCUACUGGGAGAGCAAAGAGAAGCAGGACUGGACCUUGUGCCCGGACAUUUUCUGAGCCGGCGGCAGAAGGAGCAGCAGGGUGAAGGCGUGCUGACUGUGAGGGGAGCAGCUGCACUGGGCCAGCAUUGCCUGGCGCUUUGUGCAGCGCACAUCUGUCUGUCCGUCUGUCUUAACCGCCUGUCCGUCCCCAUGUGUUGCCGCGAGCGCCGGCCGCGCUUGCCUGCCGGGGUUGCCUUAGCCGAUCCAAACUGACCUUGACGCCAGGGUGGGGAGCGGGAGCCAGCCCAGCCCUGCACCUGCUCCCUCGGGGGGCUUUCUCCCUCCAUCCCACACAUACGCACUUGUGCACAGCCCAGCCCCCCUCCCCAGCACGGGGUAAAUCAUGCCCUGUGCAUCUUCCUGGGGUGCCAGGGCACGGACCCCCAGACAUGCACACCCGGGGACAGGAAGCAAGCGUGACUCCCAGGGAGGGCAGGGUGCUGGCUCUGCCUGGGGCAGCGGGCACUGUGGGGUAGAGCCUGAGGCUGGCCUUGGUCUCUGCCCCCCCUCCUCCUUUCCUUCCCCCUUUCCUCUGCUCCCAGAUGGCCAGGUGCUCUCUUCCCCUCGGGGUGCCUGGGCUCCUGGGUGCCACUUGCCCUGCUGGGGUGCCCAGAUGCACAGGCCCUGCCCUGCAGCCUGUCCUAUAGGUGUAUAUGAUAAUAUAUAGAGCUACUGGGGCCCUUGGUCCCAUUCUUCCCCUGCAGCUCUGCAGCACCUGAGGGGAGCGGGCACCCGGCCUGCCCCUGUUCCCACGUCUGGGGUGCUCUGUCCCCUAGCCUUCCUUGGGUGCAGCCUGGCUGUGCUGCCCCUCCCAGGCUUGGGCUCCCCCCCUCAAGGUGCCUUCCUCGGAGGUUAUUUAGGGGAAGGGGAGAUCCUCAGUUGUGUGGGGGCAGCCCUGGGCACCAGCGGGCUAUGCUAGGCUACUCUGUGCCCACUACCUUCUUCUGGCAAAGGCAGCAGGGCAUGGCCCAUGUUCCUCUCCCCUUGCCAGCCCCUCCUUCCCCUCCUUGCCCCUCUGCGUGGGAGAUCUCUGUGGAGCAGGCGUGCAGGGGUCCCUGCAUCCCCAAACACUACAGUGGGGUGGAGACACUUGGCCAGGGGGGUGGGAGGGGAUUGCUGGUGAGCACCUGUAAACGCAAUGGGAGCAGAGCUGCCCUCCUGGGAGGCAUUUCUGCAAGCAGGGGAGCUCUGCACCCCCAAACAUGAUGUGGGAGCAGAGCUGCCCUCCUGGGGCGCAUCUCUGGGGGCAGAGGCUCACUGCAUCCCUAAAAUGACAGAAAAGCUGGGGCGUAUGAUGCCUUUUUUCUUUCUUUCUUUUCUUUCCUUCCAAGAGAACGACUAAAUUAAAACCUGUGAAUGCCCCAA